GGGAGGUGGUCUGUUGGAAGUUGCGGCGGAGCUGGGACUGGAGACCCGCGGCCCCGGCGCAGCGAUGGGGAUGGUCUGAGCUCCAGCCUCUGCCCCUGCCCGAGAGCAGCCGAGGCUGGUUGCAUUUUUUUUUUUUUUUUUUUUUUUUUAAAAGCCAAACUGCAAACAACUCUGGCGAUGCCAAAAUUCCCCUCCAAGUGACACGGCUUUGCGAAGGAGGUUUCCUCAGGCUGGGCUCUCUUACUCGCUCUGCCAUCAUCAGCGACGAUUAAAGGCUUUGCUCUUGGCGAUAGGAAUUUUGAAAAAAAAAAAAAAAAAAAAAAGAAAGAAAGAAAGAAGAAAGAAAAAAUAGAAAAAGCUGCUCUAAAGUCUAUCGUGACCUCAAACUCUUCGGGCUGUUUUUUUUUUUUUUUUAAUAUAUAUAUAUUGAAAGAGAAACCAUCCUAAAAGAGAUUCAGCGUACGAGGAGAUGGAAGUUUUCCCCUUGCUCUUGGUUUUGUCCAUCUGGUGGUCUCGAACCUGGGACUCGGCGAAUGCGGAUUCAAUUAUUCACAUCGGAGCAAUUUUUGAUGAAUCUGCCAAAAAGGAUGAUGAGGUGUUUCGCACAGCAGUUGGUGACCUCAACCAGAAUGAAGAGAUUUUACAAACUGAAAAAAUCACAUUUUCGGUGACAUUUGUUGAUGGAAGCAACCCUUUCCAAGCAGUUCAAGAAGCCUGUGAACUUAUGAAUCAAGGCAUCUUGGCCCUGGUCAGCUCCAUUGGCUGCACGUCAGCAGGGUCCCUCCAGUCUCUGGCAGAUGCCAUGCAUAUCCCCCACCUCUUCAUACAGCGCUCAACAGCUGGGACACCAAGGAGUGGCUGUGGACUCACCCGGAGCAACAGGAAUGACGACUACACGCUCUCUGUUCGCCCACCUGUCUACUUGAAUGAUGUUAUUCUGAGAGUGGUCACAGAAUAUGCCUGGCAGAAAUUCAUUAUAUUCUAUGAUAGUGAAUACGAUAUCCGUGGAAUACAGGAGUUUUUGGACAAGGUGUCUCAGCAGGGAAUGGAUGUUGCGUUGCAGAAGGUAGAAAACAACAUCAAUAAAAUGAUCACCACUCUCUUUGACACCUUGAGAAUAGAGGAAUUGAAUCGCUAUCGAGACACUCUUAGGCGAGCCAUCCUUGUUAUGAAUCCUGCGACAGCCAAAUCUUUCAUAACUGAGGUUGUGGAAACGAAUUUGGUUGCUUUUGACUGUCACUGGAUCAUUAUAAAUGAGGAAAUAAAUGAUGUGGAUGUUCAGGAACUUGUACGAAGGUCAAUUGGAAGGUUAACAAUCAUCCGGCAGACAUUUCCAGUCCCCCAGAAUAUAAGUCAGCGAUGUUUCCGUGGCAACCAUCGAAUAUCUUCAACAUUGUGUGAUCCAAAGGAUCCAUUUGCUCAGAAUAUGGAGAUUUCAAACCUUUACAUAUAUGACACGGUGCUUUUGCUUGCUAAUGCUUUUCAUAAGAAACUGGAGGACCGAAAAUGGCACAGCAUGGCAAGUCUAUCGUGUAUCAGAAAGAACUCCAAGCCCUGGCAGGGAGGGCGCUCCAUGCUAGAGACCAUCAAGAAGGGUGGAGUCAGUGGAUUGACUGGAGAAUUAGAAUUUGGAGAGAAUGGAGGAAAUCCCAAUGUCCAUUUUGAAAUUCUUGGAACCAACUAUGGAGAAGAGCUUGGCCGAGGUGUUCGCAAACUUGGGUGCUGGAAUCCUGUCACAGGGCUGAAUGGGUCACUAACUGACAAGAAACUAGAGAAUAACAUGCGAGGAGUGGUUCUACGUGUGGUGACCGUUCUGGAAGAACCUUUUGUAAUGGUCUCUGAAAAUGUCUUGGGUAAGCCGAAGAAAUACCAGGGCUUCUCCAUUGAUGUUUUGGAUGCCUUAUCUAACUACCUGGGUUUUAACUAUGAAAUUUAUGUUGCACCGGAUCACAAGUACGGAAGCCCACAAGAAGAUGGAACAUGGAAUGGCUUGGUAGGAGAACUAGUCUUUAAGAGAGCCGACAUAGGGAUUUCUGCUUUAACUAUCACCCCAGAUCGUGAGAAUGUGGUGGACUUUACAACACGCUAUAUGGACUACUCAGUGGGAGUACUACUUCGAAGGGCUGAAAAGACAGUGGAUAUGUUUGCCUGUCUUGCACCAUUUGAUCUCUCUCUAUGGGCUUGCAUAGCUGGCACUGUUCUUCUGGUGGGUCUUCUGGUCUACCUCUUGAAUUGGCUUAAUCCCCCACGAUUACAAAUGGGAUCAAUGACUUCUACUACUCUCUACAACUCCAUGUGGUUUGUGUAUGGAUCCUUUGUACAGCAAGGAGGAGAGGUCCCAUACACAACUCUGGCUACUCGAAUGAUGAUGGGGGCUUGGUGGCUAUUUGCAUUGAUUGUCAUCUCCUCUUACACAGCAAAUCUUGCAGCUUUCCUCACUAUUACCCGCAUCGAAAGCUCCAUCCAAUCUCUCCAGGACCUUUCCAAGCAAACAGACAUCCCUUACGGCACAGUACUGGAUUCUGCAGUAUAUGAACAUGUUCGCAUGAAAGGAAUGAAUCCUUUUGAAAGGGACAGCAUGUAUUCCCAAAUGUGGCGGAUGAUCAACAGAAGCAAUGGAUCAGAGAAUAACGUUCUGGAAUCCCAAGCAGGCAUUCAAAAGGUAAAAUAUGGAAAUUAUGCCUUUGUAUGGGAUGCAGCUGUAUUGGAAUAUGUGGCUAUCAAUGAUCCAGAUUGUUCAUUUUACACCAUCGGGAAUACUGUUGCUGAUCGGGGAUAUGGAAUUGCACUACAACAUGGCAGUCCUUACAGGGAUGUUUUUUCACAGAGGAUCCUGGAGCUUCAGCAGAAUGGAGACAUGGACAUCCUAAAGCACAAAUGGUGGCCAAAGAAUGGCCAGUGUGCCCUGUACUCCUCAGUGGAUACGAAGCAGAAAGGAGGUGCCCUGGACAUAAAGAGCUUUGCAGGGGUGUUUUGUAUCCUGGCCGCUGGAAUUGUCCUGUCCUGCUUUAUAGCCAUGCUGGAGACGUGGUGGAACAAGAGGAAAGGCUCCCGGGUCCCAUCGAAAGAGGCUUCAUCCCUGCAGAAUGAAACUACAACAUCUGAAAGAAGGAAUGUUUGGCCAUUAAGGCCAUGUUUGAAACUUGGCGCCAAUACUUGGAGAAGCCAAGCAUCCAGUCAUAGCCUGCACCAAUCAUCACAACUGGGAGGUCCUCUGGAUGAUCCGUAACCUCUACCAGCACCACAGCUGCUGAUCUCUUUCCCACCUACUGAUUUCAGGACCUGAUAGAUCCUGAAUACCCAAAACUGGUGAGCUAAUGUACUAUAUCCUAAAUUAAAAAUUCUUAUUCAUUCCAAGGAAGUUGAACUCACCAGGUUGUGACACCCAAACAAUCUUUGUUGUAACCCACUUAGAGAAGAGCAACAACAGGACUGCCAUUUCAACCAAAGGUUAUGGGUCUUGCCCAAGCCAGCCCAUUAGCCUUGGAGGGAUGCUUCUAUGCAGUGGACUUCUUGUCUAUGUGUCCUGGUCGGGAGCAUUCACACUGAGGUCCAAGUCUGUACUAUAGCAGCUUUGUCCUCCAGCUUCUACCUAUUUAAGAUACACCACAGUCUCAACUGUGGGUCUUGGGACUUCUGAUGGCCAAGUGUUCAGGAAGACAUGGAGGACCAAGGAGAAUAUGUCUUGGCAGAAUCAAAGCAGAAAAAGACACAGGCCUUUUCCAACCCUAUUGAAAUACUGGUGAUUGUGAUGAAUCAUCUUUGGAGAAUUAUGUCACAGAGCUCUGUCCAUAUUACUAAAACAACAUUAUCUUCACAUUUGUCCAAAUGAUCCACUUUUCUCUAUGCUAAGGGACAUUGCCUCACCCCCAAUGGCCAUCAAAUAUCUGCAUUCUGCAUGGAUCCCUGGCUAAUGCAGAGCCUCCUGUUUGAGUCCACAUCUAGCAAAUUUGUCAUUGUAGAUAAAGAUCACUUGGAUUAUGAGAUCACACUCUGGAAUAGCAGUGCCAUGUAUACUACCCACCACCAAAAUAACUGAGUAUUCUCUAUACCUGGCCCCAUAUUCAUCUAUAAUACCUCUUCCAUGCCAAUCAAUCUCUUACAAGUAAAAUGUGGAAGCACCCCAUAAAACAUCUCAAUCCCUCUCGAAUUCAACCAGUUUUUAUUGAGGACCUAUCAUGUGCCCAGUACUGUAUUAAAUUCUGAGACUACAAUGAUGAAUGAGUCAUAGUGCUUGCCCCUAAUGAGUUUACAUUCCAAUGGGGAUGUCAGACAAUUAAACAGCAUGGUGAGUGCUAGAGCAUUGUAAUGAUGGCCAUGAGAAUUCCCUCAUCUCUGUUCUUUGACCACCCAAGGAGCUCCUAGUUGCCCAGGCUGAUUCACAGAUGAUCUUCUAAUAUGCCAAAGCAACCCACAAGAUUCAAGCCAACAAGCAACAGUCCCCUGGGGACCCCCUGCAAGUGGUGAUCCUAUGGAUUCUGGUUACUAAUGUAUUAUUUCUAAAUCACCUGACUUUUGAACAAGUUAGAUGCUCACUUACUAAGCGCCUUCUCAUGUCAUCAAACUGGUAGCCGUCAGAUUGUAGCUGCUCAUAGGUGGAAUCAGGCUGUAAAGUUAGAAAAUGUGGCUUCAAGCUUGGGUCCUGGCACUAUUAUGACUGUGGGCAAAUCACUUAAACCCUUUGGUCUUUGGUGUCUUUCUUUGCAAAAUAAAAAUAAAAACAUUAUAUACUGUACCUACCUCACAGGGUUGUUGUGAGAAUCAAGUGAAAAUGUUUGUGAAAGCACUUUGUAAACUUUUUUAUUUUUGAUCACCCCAUUUCUCAUGGGUUCUUUCUUCUCCCUACCAAAUACAAUAGUAUAACCUACCAGAAGGAUGUACUAUCACACCAGCCCCCCAUGCAAGUGAAUGAUACAAGAAGAUAAAGUACAUGCCCUCCUGGAUAUCUGGUUUCAGUAUGGGAAUUCUGAUGCCUCACAAGAUGACAAGUAUAGAAGCCACAGGACCAAAGCCAGGGCCCUAUCGCCAUACAGACAUUCCACCAUUAACACUUGACUGGACCCAGAUACUGGUCAGCCCUCUUAAGGGAAGGCUUUCCCCAGAACCCAUUGUAAAGAACCUAUUAUUGGCCCCAGAGAACUAACCAGACAACAAUAAUUCAGGGAAUCACCUGGGCUCUAGCUGCCAAAGGAAUCACCAGCCACUCCAGUGGGGAACAUGCCUCCCAAGAUAGAGCAAGAAGACUUGGUGAAAGGAGACACUGACUCAAACAAAAUACAAGCCAUCCUUACCACCUGACUAUUCCAGUUGGGCUGGCAAGAGAAACUCCUAGGCAUUCAUUUAAAGCAAAGAUUUGGUGACACAUUUCUUCUUUAAGCACAGUCUUUCCCUCAAGCCAAACUGGCUCUUGUGUUUCUGAUUUUGACUUGUCUGUUCCCUGUCUGUCCAACAGACAUGUGCUGAGAUGUACUCAGGGGCUUGCAAGUCUUAUAUGUUCCUCUUACACACACACACACACACACACACACACACAGCCCAAUGAGGAAUCCCACACAUGUUUCCUAUGCUACCCCCAUAGAUAAGCCCUAACCUGACCUCCUAUUUCUGCUGGGUCAAAAUCGAUUCUGGACUGGCUGAUCAAAUUUGAGCUCCAUCUCAUUGAAAGUCUAUCCCAGGUUGGAACACUGACUGUAUUUCAGUCCUGGAUAGAAGUUUAAAUAGAGCACUUAUGGAGCCAUUGAUACCCAGAAAUCCUUUAAGAAAAAAAAAAAUUGAUUUUUGCCUUCUACUUCGAAUACACCACCUUCUUCAAAACCAAGAACAUAUUAGCAUGUGCCUCCAGGAUUAGCAUGAAGUUUCUGUAAUAGAUCUCCUGAGUGAAGAGAAUGAUGAUUACGUUACAAAAGAUCAGACAGGAUUGGCAUCCCACAAGCUCUGGAGUAAGAUCUUCAGCCUAAAAUAUAAAAUUUCAACUAUAAUCCAUUCUUCAGUUUCCUGGAGCAAGGAAAGAGAUUUAUAGGAAAAAUGUCAAUUCAAUGUUUGUAUCACUUUUCAAUGUUUAUAUCAAUUUUAAAAUAUUUUUAAAUGUAAUGAAAAAUAAUUCACAAUUUCCUCUUUGCCAUUAUGUCAGAAUAGUGAUCUAAUCUACAAACCUGAUGAGCUGAGAAAUUCCCAAAUCUUUUCUUAAGGUUCUACUAUUCAAUUUUCAUUUUCAAUACUUGUAAUUUUUUUACAUUAAAACAGUGUCUUUUAGUUUACAAUCACUACUUGUUGUGGGAAGGGAGCCAGAGAGACUCAGAGCACCAGCCACCCAAGGUCAGAGGCACUGAGCCAAAGGACCCAGCAAAGAGAGGCCCAAGCCAAGAAGAAAAGCUGUUGCUGAAAUGACAGACCAAGCAUAUGAAAUAAGAUGAUCUCCAGGUCAUGGUAGUUGAGAAAGAAGAAUAGACAGAUCCAAACUGGGAAGCAGAUUAAGAUGUUGGAGUUAGUAUCAGGACGGGUACAGCCGGGCAAGAGAAGGAGUCACCUCUGCCACACGUUGUCUGUCUCACAGCAGCUUUUCCUGUGAGUCCCAAUAUUAGAGCCUAGUUUUGCAGAAGUAAAAUCCUCAGUAUCACUGAUGUCACUUACAGAGCCAGCCCCAAAUAGAAAACUUUCCUUACCCACAGGCAUGCUUUUUGCCAUCUUGGUUGAUAGAAUUUUUCUUUUUCAGAGAUUUUUAGUUUUGUCAUAAAUCUUUGAUGAAUUAUUUUAUCAAUAAAAAAUAAACAAUAACACUCAAUAAAUAAUUUCCCUGGUGGAAUUCCAGUUCCUUCUUUGGUGAUUAAAAAUUGGUGAUUAAAAAGAAUUACUUUCAUUGAUAGUUUGCCUGCCCUUGCAUGGCCAAAGCCCUACAGGACAGAAAGAACAUUCUAACAAAGAUUACACGUAAGUGAGCCAGAAACAAUUACAAUGAAACACUAGGCAGGGGUAGGCAGAGGGAUGUCUGACAGUGACACAUAGCUUAACCUUAGUCUGCAAAUUGUACCUCUCUUUCAAAAGUCACAGGCGAUCAACUCUCCCACUGUCACGUCAAGACACAGAGACUGCCCAGUGAAAGACAGACAGACAGACAGGAUAGAAAAGAAUAAUGCAGGCAGCAUUUUGCAGAAAGAGGUAGCUGGAUGCAGAGACCAGCCACUCCCCAUGGCCCACAGUAGUGCCAGGUUUUUCAGAGAACUCACAUUAGACGUUCCAGCAGUACAUGGAACCAGGCCAGUAGACACAACAGUGGAGAGAGCAGGGACAUUUCUGUAAUUAAAGACUGAACCCAGCACACUUUCAAACAGACGAAGAACUCUCUACUAUUGGCAACAAGGAACUGAUUUUGUUGAGGUGGAUGUUCUUACUGAACCUGGUAAAUCAUGAAUAAGUGUGCAAGUAAAGGACAUCAGUGGAUUACAGCCCUUUGGUUAAGAAUAAAGAAGAUAAUUUGAACAGUACUGGGAGAACCUGAUCCACAAGCUCCCUAAUAGGAGAGACUGGAAGUUGCUAACAGAGGAGUGUAGUUGUGUGUUCUUUUUCCAAAAUGCCAUGUAUACAGUUAUGCCUAACCUGACUGCCUAGUAAAUUGCAAAUGGUUCUUA